UCUUUUAUCCAAGUGUUUGUGGCCCCCACAUUUCCACAGCGACUCAGAGCUGCGGAGCGUCACAUGCCAACAUGAGCGUCCUUCCAUGCAGCUUCCUCUUCCUCCUCCUCCUCUGCCUCCCCGUCCUCCCCGAGGCCAAGCGGCAGCCGGGUCAGGGGAAACCCGACAAACCCCGCCAGCCUCCGUCUUCACCGCCGCCGGCCAAGAGACCCAGAAAUCGCUCAGUGCCCGGCUCUGGAGAGCUGAGCACCAAGGAGGGGCAUCGCUGCGUCUGGCAGACGUCUGGCGAGGGCCUGGUGAGCCUGCUGGUCAAUUGUAGCACUGAAACGCUGGGAGACCCGCAGAGGUAUUGGUGUCGUUACGCCGGUAAGCCGGACCUGUGCCAGGCUUACGGGGUGAAGUCCAGCCAGUACUGGAAGCAGCUGGUUGGAAAGCUGAAGAAGAGGCAGAACGCCUGCGAGGGCGAGAAAGUCCUGAAGGCCAAAACCUGCAAGAAGGCGCCGGCCGAGGCGCACAUGAAGCUCGCCACGCGCAGCGGCGAGGAGGACAGGAAGGGAGGAAAGGAGGGAGGGAAGAAGAAAGGAGCGCCGGCCGGUAAGAGCUCAGAGGGAGGGAAGGCGGAGAGGAGGAAGAAGAAGGAGGAAGAGGAGGAGGAAGAGGAGAAGAAGAGGAGGGAGGAGAGGACUGGGUUUGAGGAGGAGGGAGUGAUGAACGACAUGGAUCCGGUGCAGAGUUACUGCAGUGAGGGGUGGCACUCCGUCUGCUCCUUCUUUGUCAAGUUUUUUGAGGGUUGAUGGGAAAUUAUGACGCAGAGGCGAAGCUAAUUUUUUGAUACAAAAGUUCAACAAUCUGAAAACAAUCAAAAUAAAUACGUUUCAAUCAAACUGGAAGCUCCAGGAAACUCGUUUAUGAAAACACUUUUCAUUUUAUUUUCAACUUUGAGCUUUUUUGAAUCAAAUUUAGAUAAAAACUUUAAUAAACGACGGACUUUUAACAAACGAGGUUUACAAAUUCACGGUGGAACAAUAAUUAAAAUUCGUCAGUCUGAACGAUAUAAAAACCUUGAAUCAAACCCAUUAAUCUGCUGAUGUAAUGAAUCCAGUUGUAUCUGAGCUCAGUGUUUUAGCUUCGGGACGAGUCGUGUCGUGUAAAAGUUUGUCGUAGAUUUUUUCUGUAGAAACGUUGAAUAAGAUGAAACUGAACAGUUGAGUUGUGUAACGUUGUAACUGACUAACGAUCAAUAAAAAACAAUGUCUUGUUGGAAAACAAUCAGUCGCUGAUCAUCAGUGAUGAUGAUGAUGAUGAUGAUGAUGGUAGAAUCACUAGAUGAGUAGGUGUUGUUUAUUCGUAUUUUUGUGAUGUGCAACUAAUAUUUUCUAUAAACUUUGUAUAAAAAAAGAAAAAAGAAAAAUAAAACGAUCUGGUUUGAUGUUUGAUUUGUGGCAGUUUAGACCUCAGUGACGUUUUUUAUAUUUUCUGAAGACACGUGUUAACA